AUGGAGCGGCGGCGCUUCCCGGCGCUGCUGCUGCCCAAGCCGCAGGUGGCGCGAGCGCUGGAGGCCCUGAACUCCUGCGAGCCGCGCUGGGGCACUUUGCUGGCCAAGACGCUAUCGCGAGGCCAGUCUUGCAGCAAGGGGGUGCACCUCGUGGAUUACCUGGACGACUCGGAGCUGGCGCUGCGCGCCAUCGAGCUCCCGGAGCCCUUGGCAAGCCUGGCAGCGCGGCACCUGGCAGGCGAAGCAGAGCCAUCGACUGUGGGCCGAUUGCUGGCGCAGGGCGCCAGGUUUGAGCCUUGCUUCCAGCAGCUGCCGGACUUGGAGGACCUGCACCCCUGCCCGCCGGCCCUGGUGGCGUCCACCCCUCCUUUGCCUGCGAUGAAUGCGCCAGAAGAUUUUGGCCAGGCGAUCCAAAGGCGAAGGCGCGGCUUCAGCUUCGUGGAGCUCUUCGCGGGGGUGGGCGGCUUCCGCUUGGCGCUGGAAGCGCUGGGGGGCCGCUGCCUCUUGGCCUCCGAGCUGCACCCCACCGCGCGUCAGAUCUACUUGGACAACUGGCCUGGGCCUUUGGGAGGCGACGUGCGGCUCAUCGAGGAUGUGCCAGACCAUGACCUGCUGGUGGGCGGGUUCCCCUGUCAGCCCUUCUCCUCGCUGGGUCAGCAGCCUGGCUUGGCGGACCACAGGGGCCGCCUCUUCCUCCACAUCUGCCGGCUUCUGCGGCACAAACGACCCAAGGCCGCCUUGUUGGAGAACGUGCCGGGGAUCUUGAGCUGCGAUGAGGGCAAGGCAAAGGACGAGGUACUGCUAGGACUGGAGCAGUCAGGCUACCGCGUGGCCCACCGGACCUUAGACUCAUCCUUCGUGCUGCCACAACGGCGGCGGCGAGUCUACUUCGUGGCCAUCCGCAUGGACUUGCCGGCCUGCGAACGCUUUCGCUUUCCCUGGCUGCCGCAACUCCAGCGCCCUGUGCGCGAGAUCUUGGAGCCGUUGUCGCCGCAGCAGCAGGAGGCGCUCACCGUCUCGGAGAAGUACUGGGCCAAGCUCUCAACCUCUCGCUGCUUCCAAGAACGCCCCCAGGACAUCGUGGCACGUCUAGAUGAACCGGCCGCGCCGCUCAUCUCGGCCUAUGGCUCCACGAGGAGCGCGGGCAGCUACGCCGCAGUGACCCAGUUCGUGCCCCAAGAAGGACAACGUCCGCGUUUGCUGUCGCAGCGGGAGUGCGCCCGACUCCAAGGAUUCCCAGAAGGAUAUCGCCUUGACCACUGUCAGGACAAGCACAUGGCCUGGUUCCGCGCCAUCGGCAACGCCGUCUCCGUGCCCGUCGUGGCGGCGGUGGCGGACGCGCUGCUGGCGGCGCUUGAGGGCUCCGUGGGCUUCGGCGCAGGGGCGGCGCUGCGGUGUGCGCUGGACGCCUGCCCUGCGGAGGCCAAGUCCCAACUCUUGGACCGCCAGGUCCGGCUGCCCAACGGGGAGCUGCGGAAAGUGGGCCAGCUGCUUGCGCCUCGGGAGCCAAGCUGCUGGUCCUGCCUGGCCUGGGCGGCUUAG